AUGACGUUGUUGGGCAUUAGGAGUCGUUUAAUGGAAGGAGAAAAGAUAAUGUCAGCAGUUCUGUUUGCUGUUCUUGAUGAAGCUAGCGAGAAAACUUUGUUAUGCUCUGAUAUUCGUAAUUGUGAAGAGGGAAGAAUAUGGGACGGCAGUCGGAGUGGCAUCAUGACCAUGAACUCAUUGCUUGCGUGUUACAGCUACUUGCUUGAGAAAGCAUUGGUGAACAAAUGGUUACAACACAAGGAUGCACUAGCAAAUAAAGUUGGGGAAGAUCUUAUUGCUGUGGAGAAAGCGGAGAAAAGGGGAAAGAAAAAGGCCAACGACCAAAACAAACAGGGAAAUCAUAGUUCUACCGGAAAUCAUAGUUCUACUUCUGUUGGUCAAUGUGUUGACCAAUCUUUAGAAGGCACUGGAGAGGAUACAAGAGAUAAUGACAAACAGGGAGAGCUAGAUAUUUCUUCGCAUCCUACCAGAAAUCAUAGUUCUACUUCUACUGGCCAACGUGAUGACCAACCUUUAGAAGGCACUGCAGAGGAUCCAAGAGAUAACAGGGUUCAAAGUAGCCAAUCGUUAAAACAUCCUAAAGACGACACCAUUGGCAAUCUGUAUUAUUUGGUUCUUGAAUUCCUCGAGAGUUCCUAUGUUAAUGCACAUAUAUGA